UGUAAAUUUAUCCACCAUUUGAACCAAUUUCAUAAGGUGAAAUUUCCUGCCAAGAUGGUAGAAACCAAGUGAUUUCUAAACUCUGGCUAAACCAGGACUCUGGGUGGUGACAGGGACCUGAGACUGAAGCAAAAACAAAACAAAACAAAAAAAUCACUUGCGAUGCAGUUUCACAAUUCAUCAAAAAACCUUCAUAUCGUUGUGUAGUUCGCACUGAGCAUCUACUGUAGCUGCUGGAGCAGGAGUGCUGCAGCAUGGGACUCAGCUGCUUCAAGUCCUGGAAACAUGACAGUACAGGCCUCAAAGGAAACAGAGACGUGCUGGCCAGUCCAGGCUCGUACUUCUUCCUGUCAAACAGUGCCGGUCAGGGUGACGAGUGGCUGAAGAGCCUCAACAAGGGAGUCUGGAUCCCCUUUACAGGGGUCUUUGGUCAGAGUCUGGAGGAGACUGUGCUGUACGAGAGACGUUAUGGGGUGCAUUUGGUUCCGCUGGUGGUCGAACAGUGUGUGACCUUCAUCCAGGAACGUGGCAUGCAUGAAGUGGGCUUGUUUCGUCAGCCAGGACAGGCCAGUCUUGUCAAAGAACUGCAGGAGGCUUUUGAUGCAGGGGAGAGACCGUCCUUCGACAGCAGCACAGAUGUCCACACGGUGGCGUCACUGUUGAAGCUCUACCUGAGACAGCUGCCAGAGCCUCUGGUUCCCUACAGUCGCUACCAGGAUUUCCUGCUCUGUGGUCAGAAGCUGUCGAGUGAUCGCGAGCUGGGUUUGGGGCACUUGAGAAAUCUUCUUCAUGAAUUGCCGGUUGCAAACUUCAAUCUGCUCAACUUUAUUUGCCAGUUUCUAAAUGAGGUCCAGAGAUACUCCAGCAGAAACAAAAUGAGCGGACAGAACUUAGCCACUGUGUUCGGGCCAAACAUCCUCCGGGCCAAAGCUGAAGACCCGCAAAGUAUCAUGGGAGGUGCAGCACUGGUCCAUGUGCUUAUGUUGGAGCUGAUCAGAGAACAUGAGUCUCUAUUUGCCAAAAUCCCCCCAUCCAUCUCUGUCUGUCCACCUGGAGGUUCACAUGCAUCGCCAAUUGCCCUGAGGCAACCUCAUCUCCACCCGUCACCAUGCCUCCGUCAGCUGUCUAUGCCUCUCAUCGCAGAGCACUUCAGAGAGCCCGGACAGCCUGCCUCAGAUGCGCAAAACCAGAGCUAUGUCUACUCUCCUGCUGCCAGGUCAGACUUGUCUUCUGGCCAGAAGAGACUUCUUGGCCAUCGCUAUACCUCCUCCCACCCAGAGAACUGCUUCUACCCCCUGCCCUCCUCUAUUCGGUCCCACUCUGGCCAAGGCAGCAUAGAUUAUCAGCAACACCAUGCUGGCCAAGAACCACCUGAUGCAAAUAUUCCAGCCUCUACAACCAGCCCGCAGCUACAAGACCGACGUCCAGACAGCUCCAACUCCAGACAGAUGGUCAUGGGCUGGGAAAAGGGCUGGCCAGGAGAUGCAGCUGCUGGUUUCUGGAGCUCUGGCACAGAAGGGGGUGGAGGGCAAGAAACAGCCAGUGGGGGUAGCAGUGAGGCCCAGGAGGACAGCAUUCUAUCUGCUUACGACAACCUGGACAGUGCGUCUAAACAUGAGAAGAUGGAAGUUGUUUCUGCUGAUUAUCUUGAAACCAAUGAUCUGGGAGGCCAAAUUAGAACAUUUGAAGAGGAGCUAGAGGAGGCGAGGCAGACAAGGGAUUCCUCCUCCUCAUGGUCUUCCUGUGAGGUUCUACCAUUGGAUGAAAGCGGUGAUGCUGUGGGUGGGGUUAGUUCUGUCGUGUCACCAAAGAGACUUAACAAGUUACCUUCGAGUCAGGUAGAAGAAGAAGAAAAAAGUCAUGAGGACAACAAGGACAAUGAUGGUGAUGAUGAUGAUGAUGAUGAUGAUGUUGACUUCCACCACCCUAAUUCCCCAGCCUCCUCUUCUGUGCUAAGUGGCAGCGCUUUGAGCACAGGCAGUUCAGAGGUGUUCCUCCCCUCAGGUCCUCCAGACGUCCAGGGGCCUGAGCCUCAGUCACAGCCCAGAGACGCUCACUCACUCUUGGCUGAGCUGCAGCAGCAGAUGGCCCAGCAGAGAGCCGAGUACCAGGCGAGGAUUCAGAGGCUGGAGCGCUGUAAUGAUGUCCUCAAGCGCCAGGUCGCAGUGCUGCGGCUCAAUCUGGAGCAGCAGAAGCGUAGCCAUAGCGUUGCCGAGGUCAAGAUCCGCAACAUGGAGCGAGCCAAAGCUGACGCCGACCUCCAAAACACCACUCUGCAGAGAGAGAUGGAGCUGUUCUUCCAGAUGUAUGGGGACGCCAGAAGAAGAGGAGAUGAAGGAGGAAGAGGAGGAGUGAGUCUAUGAAGAUGGACAAAGAAAGAAGGAGGAAUUCUUUAAAGUGUAUGGAGAGGUUAGUGGAGUAAAAGGCAGAAAGGGAGGGUUUGGUGGACAAAGCUUGUUGAAAGAGGAAGUGAAAGAAGAAGAUCUUGACAGGAGAUCAAGCUCCUCUGAGUGGAUCACGAACGCAUCAAACCCCAUAGGAAAACAGUUGGGGCAAAAAAAUCAAUGAGCAAUGGUCUAAGACAUAAGACAAUCAAAAGAUCAAUCAAAAGACAUAACCAGCUAUUCAAUCAGUUG